UUUUCCUGCACGCCUGCAGGGCGCUCGCCGUCUGCGCAGUCAUCACCGGGUUCUUCGGGGGCGUCCUCACGCUGAUUGGGAUGAAAUGUACUAAAAUUGGAGGAUCGGAAAUCAUAAAUGCCAGGGUCACGUUUUCUGGGGGUGUAACCUACCUGGUUUCAGGAUUUUGUGGGAUGAUCCUUUACUCUUGGUGGGCGAACAAAGUUAUCAGUGAAUUUGUGGAUCCAAACUUUAAGGCAGAGAAGUUUGAACUUGGUGCUGCGGUUUUUGUUGGUUGGGGAGGCUCCAUUCUUCUCAUCUGUGGCGGGUCGGUGCUGAUUUAUUUUUCUGCGAAAGAAGGCUUACAAUCAAACUCACCAAAACAAGGUCAGAGACCAUUUUCUUACGCCACGGCCCACACCAAACGGACAUACAUGCCGAUGUGGGCAUCAUCCAGAGUGACCCUGGGGCCUCCUCUGUAUUACCACGGUACCAGAAGCCAAGUAACCCGGGCCACAACCAAAACUGGACGAACUUUCAGUCGGGAUACCUUCCUCUAAGCCUGGCACAAACUCAAAGCUGAGACCGUGACAAUAGUUUUCAGUUUAAAUAUUGGAAACAUGUAAACAACAGGGCUGACUCUGUAAAGUAAGCACCUUCCUCCUCCUCUGGUUUUGUUAUAAACCUACUGUGAGAUUGUCAUAAACUAAGCAAUCAGAGUGAAGCUAAAGAAUAAAGGGCAAAUCUCGCAGCUUAAAACWGCAAGUGUGAAACAAAA